AUGUUCACCCAGGCGGCGUCGUCGGCCUUGGCCAUCGGCCUCUUCGCCCUUCGCGCAUCCGCAGGCGCGGCCGACGCCAGCUGGCCGCAGUGCUCGUCCUAUGGUGUUGACUUCCAAUCUGGCGGUACCUAUUUCCAGAACAUCUCCUCCGCCGACGACUUCACCUUCACAUCCAUGUUCGAGAGUAAGCACAUCCUGCCCUAUCCUGUCCUGCCCUGCAAGCACUAACAUCUCCCAUAGACUGCCAGGACGACAGUGCAUCGAACAUUUUGGUCGACCCCAACGGAGACGAAUAUGAGUGCAGUGGUGUUCCUCUCCAGCCUGACGACACGAAUGAGGUCUCGACGUGCCCGCUACAGAAGGACCAGAUGUGGAGCGGAGACUGGUCGGUGUUGAUCCUCUCGAACAACGGUGACGCCGAGCCUAUCGCGUACGAGCGUGACUUCAGUCUGAUUGUUGGAACUCCCACGACAAUCACCUACACCCCAACCAUCACCGCGACCAUCACCUCUACACCUCUGACGACCUCUACUCUGCUGAGCACAACGACAAGCACGUCCACCGUUACCGUCUCGAUCACCCGUCCCGCCCAGACCAGGAAGCCCACCACCACAAUCACCCCAUCCGCGGUGACUUCUACCAAGGUGUGGACGGUUGGAUGGAUCAAGACGACUGCGUUCGUUGUCAGCCCCGUCGUCCAGACAAGCACCAUCCCCCAGACUUGCUCCUUCUCCACGCAGCCGACUGCCGAUCCCACUCUCACCUGGAGGCCAUCUCUCCUCCCAGCAUCGCUGGCCCACUCCUUCACCGCGGACUCGGCCUCGGCCUCGGCCUCUCCCUCUCCCUCUGCUUCGGCCACUUGGACUUCGGCCGCCGCCUCGACCACCGAGCGAGCUUCCCGUCGUUGCGACAACCCCGUGAUGCGCCGCGUCCCCGCCGACCGCACCCGGCGCAUCGCCGAGCGCAAGGCCCGCCUGGCAGAGGCCGGCCUGGAGAAGCGCGGCCUGGACGCCGCCACCACGACCGUCACCGACACCAACACGGCCGACUACGUCACCAGCACCUCCACCAUCACCGCGCCCGUCAGCACCGUCUCCGUCACCUCGGUCGUCACGUCCACCACCACCCUGACCUCCACCACCACCAUUUUGGCCGGCACCACCACCCUCGCGCCCAGCUUCGUCACCCUCCCCACCCCGACCAAGACCUCCCUCCGCCUCACCGUCGUCACCCAGACCGUCGCCACCGUCACCAAGCGCCCCAACUACACCAUCUGCCAGCACACCGCCCCGGCCGCCUCCACGUCGGUCUGCACCGUCAAGGGUGGCCGUAUGGUCGAUUAA